GAGCGCGAGAGAGAGCGCGAGAGAGCGCGAGAGAGAUCGCGAGAGAGCGCGAGAUCACGAGAGAGCGCGAGAGAGCGCGAGAGAUCACGAGAGCACGAGAGAUCACGAGAGCACGAGAGAUCACGAGAGCGCGAGAGAUCACGAGAGCGAGCGAGAUCACGAGAGCGAGCGAGAUCACGAGAGCGAGCGAGAGAGAUCACGAGAGCGAGCGAGAGAGAGAGAACGCGCGUGCGCGAGAGAUCACGUGAGAGAGCGCGCGCGAGUGAUCACGAGAGAGAGAGAGAGCGCGCGAGAGAUCACGAGAGAGAGCGCAAG